AUGCCGGCCGGAGGUGCAGAACCUGAUGGCUGCAUGGCGGUGUGCUUUGAAGGUGACCCAAGCUCGGUGCACGAAACCGCUCAGUACAAGUAUGUCGGUGAGAACCGUGGUGCCUACUCCCAGGCCUCUCAAGUGCAGUAUGUUGGUGCCGGACGUGGCAACCUCGAAGAAGUGAAGACGAGCCAAAGCGGUUGGAGGUUCAGGGGAGAAUGCAUCGCCAUCCUUGCAGCGCUGCUGCUCUUCGCCUUCGGCUUGCUGCUGUGGCGGCUCUUCUUCUGGGAUGCGGUUCCAGUUGGAGCGGACGACAUAGCACCGCCAGUGCCGAGCUACGAUCGAUUCGACUGCUACGGAGGCUACCACGAUUGGAUGCACAUGUGGGGAGAGGAGCAGCAGAAAUACUGCUGCAUGCACUUUGGCCGAGCUUGCCCUCUGCAUGCAAAGCCACCGAAGGUGAUCUAUCACCAUGUGCCCGUGUAUGGCCAGCCUGAGACCAGGGUCGUGCAUGUACCUGUGCCGGCUCCCGCACACAGUCAUGUGGUCUACCGUUACGUUCACGAGCAACCACAGCAACCACGUUUCCGCUACAACUGCAACGAGGGCUUCUCGAAUUGGUACUUCGGCUGGUCGGACCAUAAGAAGGGAUGGUGCUGCUCUCACGAGCAUCUUGGUUGCCCCGGCACCUGGCAUGGAAGCUACCACCUGAACAUGCACGUGAUGCACGGCAUUGGCCAUGCUCAAGGGCACAUCUAUGACUGCGAUGCCGGGUUCUCCAACUGGAUGCAAGGCUGGUCGGACUCCAAGAAGGAUUGGUGCUGCUCGCAUGAGCAGAAGGGCUGCGUCAAGUUCCACUGCACCGGCGAAGAGGCUUCCUGGGGUCCGGAAAAGUCGGAGUGGUGCUGCGCGCACUUCCAGAAGGGCUGCCCCCACACGACGAUGUCACCGGAGAAGUGCGAAAC